AUCUACCGAGUGGUCCAACGACGCCGCCAGCACAAGCUCAUGGUCGUCACCAUUUUCGCGUACAUGACGAAAACCUGUGAAAAACGAUAUCUGUUGUGCCGCACUCUUAUUUGAUCCGUAUCUUCUGCGUCGACACAUCUUGAUGCUGCUGCUGCGCCAAGCUCUCGGCCGAAACCGCGGAUUCUCGUCCUCGAGCCUGGAUACGCUCUUUCGGGAAAAGAUUGCCCUUGGUAAAUCGUUACCCAAGCUGGAGGACAAUGGCCUGAAGCUGCAAAUGUAUGCGUUGUACAAGCAGGCAACAGACGGUGCCAACAUGCAGCCCAAGCCGGGGAUGUUCGACUUCGUUGGCAAGGCAAAGUGGGAAGCAUGGAUGAAACUUAGCUCGCUGAGUGCAGAUGAAGCCAAACAACAGUACUGCGACCUCAUCGAUGGCCUCGCCAAAAGCUCUGGCAUGCAGUCCACGGCUGGCUCCGCGCCAACCCCAGCAACACCUUCGUCACCCAAUGAGGGUGUUAAAUUCACUCAAAGCGGAGGAGUAACAACUCUGUCGACGGACGCCAAUGCCCCACUGGACAACGAUUUGGUUGGAAAGCUCACGAGUGCCAUCAAAGAAGCCGCGAAUGAUCCAGUUUCGAAGGUUCUCGUGCUACAGCUCCAUCCUGCAGCGCCUUCCACGGUGCAUCCAAGUGCUAUCGCGCCGUUGAUUCAAGCCAUUAUCGCCUAUCCAGUACCGUUGGGUGUGGUCGUACAUGGCCCUGUGCAUGGGCUCCAGGGUAAAGCAAUACUUGAGGACAUCGUUCACUUCACGGACUUUUCAUGUGGUUCUUUCGAGUAGUUUCACUCGUGGGCCUCGCGGACGUUGUGUUUUCCCACGAGCGCGCCACGUUUCAAGUGCCAACAGCGUCGGCCAUGCCAGCCGCCCACGCCUUGAUCACGAAAAUGGGUUACAUGCAAGCGAAUGCGCUCCUGCUGCUUGGCGCGAAGUUGUCUGCUGAUGCUGCGCAUCGCCAUGGACUCGUCACCGAUGUAUUCAACGGGGAUGUAGAGGCGCAAGCGUUCUCGAAAUUUCAGCACUUCGCAGACCAAACGAGCGAUCGCAGUAUCAAGACGAUUCUGUUUCGCCACCAGCACAAGGACGCACUGCUCGCCGAAUUCAAGUAGACUUUGUAACGUGCAUAGGUUCCCUUCAAAUCACGUGAGGCUGUGCUGUGGUCUCUCGCUCAAGAACGAUAGUUCGUGCUGGUCCAUGGAUAGCUCCCAAAUCUCCUAAGUUGCCUCGCCUUGCAUUUUGUUCUGUUCGACGUCGCCGCUAUGGACAAAAACCGGAAGCGUC